CCCAAAAGAGCUCAUUUUACCCCACCCCAGCUCAGCUUCACUCGCCUCGCCUCGCCUCGCCGCAGCCCAUCCGCCUGAACAGGACAACGACAGUUCCCCUUUGCAUUCAAACCCAUUCUCCAUCUCAUCUCAUCCCAUCCCAGCGACGCAAGAAGCAACGAUGGCGUCGCUCGCGGGCAUCCCUGCCCAGUACAACAAAAAGAGCUCAGCGGUGAAGAGAAUCAUGCAAGAGGCUCGAGAGCUCGUUCGCGAGCCCUCGACUGACUUUGCCGCCAAUCCGCUUGAUACGGAUAUCUUUGAGUGGCAUUUUACAAUCCGUGGACCUGAAGAAACGGACUUUGAGGGCGGGUUGUAUCAUGGCCGGAUCCUCCUCCCCAACAACUACCCCUUUGCGCCGCCCAGCCUGAUGUUCCUCACCCCCAACGGACGAUUCGAAUUGCACAAGAAGGUGUGUCUGAGCAUUACAGGGUAUCAUCCAGAGUAUUGGCAGCCCGCAUGGGGAAUCCGUACAGUUCUGGUCGCCGUCAUGGGAUUCUUGCCUACGCAGUCCAAAGGCGCCAUCGGAGGACUCGAUACCUCUGUCGAGGCUAGAAAAGCUCUUGCUAUCAAAUCGAGAACGUGGGCGUGUCCAACGUGUCGUUUGGAAAAUGUAGCGAUCUUGCCGGAUGUCGCACCGGAGGAUGUAGUCAAAGCGUCAUUAAAGGCGGGCGAGAUGCCGCCAGAGUUCUCGUUUGGGUAUGAGGCCGAUAAGAAGAAGCAACGGCAAGUGGAGGAGGAACAGAGACAGAGUAGAGCUGCGGGGGACAAUAGCAGUAAUGAUGCAGGCAGCCGCAUGGAGCAGGAGAAGCGGGCGGAAAAGGACCAAGCAUCGUCAUCUACAUCAUCUUCGGCAGCAUCAACACCGAUGCCGUCUAUUACGACCACUGAGACAAGGCAGGGCGUACACACAACCAACGGCACCGGCCCAGCAUCUUCGAACGUUGAGAGCCCUGCUACUAGCCAACUUCAUGACCCUUCGUCGACACCGGACCCUGCAGCUGCUGUAUCAACUACUCCUCUGGAUCCUCCGAGGACAUCGGGCACCGCAUCCCCGACAGGUCUGCGUGCUCGGGCAGCCGUUCAUUCACCUCAAUCUCAGCCCCAGGCUCAAACGCAAAUGCAGGCACAGAUGCAGACGGUAAUCCGGCGUGCACAGUCUGGGAUUCCAAUGUGGCUCGAUGCGCUUAUCUUGGGGUUCGGAGGUCUCCUCGUCUUCAUGGUCAUCCGCCGUUUUAUGUGAUUAGACCAUCGCCUUCUCUCAUCAAUGUAUAUAGACAACGAUAUAGUCCAGGCAAAAGUCGAUAUGGGUAGACCAAAAACCAAAAGGGAGGCAUAGAUUUCUAAAAAAAAAAGUGGUGGCAUUCAGCGUGCUCAAAACUAUGGGAUUCUAUACGAUGGAUUUGAUUAUCGUAGAACACGAACAUGGAAAGCGAAGAACUCUUUGGAUUUAUUUGAUCGCAGAACAAGAACGCAAAGAGCGAUGAUAGCGCAAACUCUUUUUUUUAUUGCAAAACUGUUCUGGGAGAGAGGAUGUCGCGAUUAAACUUACUU